CUAAUUUUUAAACGGUAUGAUGUAACUUAUAAGUUAUAUCUUUUCCACAUCAUUCAGUUUGGAUUUGUCGCAGUUCGCCAAUAGACGGCGAAUGUCCAUGUCUAUGAGACAUUCACUAAUCGGCCAAUCGGCGAAUGUUGAGGGAAAAUUCGCCAAUUAUGGUGAAUGUCUAUUGAAGAAUGUCUGUUGGAGAAAGCUGAAUUGACGAAACGCGACUUUACCGCUGAUAAAAUGUUAAAUGUCACGUAGUGUGAUUUAUGUAGUAGAAUGAAAGGAGCAAAAAAUGAGAUAAAGCAAUUGAAGUAUCAAAUUUCACCUUGAUUUAGUUACUGACGAAGUGUAUCAGCGCUUUUUCCUCGAAACAUACAUGACUAUAUGUAAUCGACGAUGCUGAUUCCGAAUAUGACUAUUCAAAAUAGUCAUAUGGAAUACAACCAAAUGAAAUAGAUCAAAUCAGAGUAUUAUCAGAUGGCUCCGAUUGAAUCUGAAUCGAUUUAGAGCUCAGAGAAAUUUCGUGCUAUUCAAGUAGCCGCAAAUGUCGUGUGGACAUUCGCCAGUCGCCAAUAUGGCGAAUGUCUAUUGGCAAAAGUUGAAUUGACGAAACGCGACUUUACCUUUAGUUUAUAGUGGGUUUUGUAUAUAUUCUCAAUUUAAAAGUAGAUCACUAAAACGUUAUUUAGCAGCGUUUAGAAUUGUAAAAGCUGUUACCUGCGAUUCAGCUCUGUAGGGUUCAUCGAAAAACCGAAUUAGAUCAACGUUUUGCCAGGUCCUCUAGAGAAAUUUGAAAUCUUGUAAUAUCAUGAAUAUAUAUGAUAAGAAAAUAGAAUAUUAUUUUACGUGUCAUCUAAAGGAUUACAAUUUUGUGAAAAAUUCGUUGUAGUUAUAUAAUUUUCUCUUCUUUUUUUUCUACUAUUACAAAAAAGGUCUUGAUGUAACAUUACCAGAACCAUUACCAUUAGAUCAUAAAUUAUUAAAAUUAAAAAAUUGUGUUAUAUUACCACAUAUUGGUAGUGCAGAAACAAAUUGUGGAAAGAAAAUGGUUGAAAUUAGUAUUCAUAAUUUAAUAGAAUAUUUUGAUAAUAAAUCAAUGAUUAAUCAAAUUAAUGUCAAUUAA